CUACUAUGUAGUAUGUAGAACUAGCGUGCUGUCUGAAGGUGUUAUGGUCGGUUGUGCACGUGUGACUCUGCGCAGUGACAAAUUUGUUUUGUGGGUAGAUGAAUAAGCUGCGACAUCCUCUUUACGGACGAUUUUUCUCUGGAGUAUUCAAUGUCAGUAGCUUCCACGGUUUUGCACAAUGAGUUAUGGAAGAACAUCAGAAGAUUUUAACACGUCAGUGGGCGAAUUAGCCAUCCUGAUGAAUGAUACUUUUACUUGCUGCCUAAGGAACUAUGAAGCAUUACUGCCUUACCUUGAGAAAAAGGAAACAAAACCUAAAAUAUAUCACAAAUUAGUGCACAUUAAUAUACUGUUGAACAAGUUAAAUGAAGAGCUUGUAGGACUUAGGGUUGACUAUGUAACAGUGGAGUCAUAUGAACCAAAAAGGGAGACUUUCCUGACUGAACAAGGUAGGAAGAGAGGAAUGUUUGAUGUGUCCAAGGUAGACAGACAUGAGACCAAAAGUAUAAAAACAGAAGCACCAUUUUCCAAUAGUACUAAAAAUUCCAUUGCAUCAUCCUUGGAGACUGGAAAAAGCAUGCAGUCACAGAAUUUGGUAUCAGUGGAUACUAAAGGAACUAGAUAUACACAGGAACAGAAGUCAGAUAAUCAUGGUACGAAAAACAUAAAAACAGAAUUACAAAACUCAAAUGAAGUUGAAGAUUUACUUGUAAUUCCCAUUGGUAAUGGUGAAAUACCUGCAGGUCAAACAUUUGAUGCCACGAGUAAUGGAAUGACGGUUCAUUAUGCUGGUGACGAGGAAGGUGAACCUGUAGCAGGUAGACAUUGGGGGGGCAAUGCUUAUGAUAAACCUGUUGAUAUAACAACUCAAAGGGAAAAUAAUGAAUGUGUUUCAUUACAAAAGGUAGAAACUGUGUCUAGUGCACAAGAGAAAAAUGAUAUAGGUGACAAAGUAAAGAAAAAUACUCCAGAUUUUCCUAUCAUAAGUGAGGCAGAUAGUUUACAUGGUCAUAGUUCAGAGGAACUGUGUAAUUCAGAAGAUAAAUUACAUGGCAUCAUAAGGCACAAGGGUGGAAGAUAUAAGUGUAUAUUGUGUGAUCGUGAACUUAUCAAUUACCAGGCAGUACUUGGUCAUGUGACAGGAAAGAAGCAUAAAUUGAAACAAAAAACUGCCGUGAACAACAGUUCUGAAGUUUCAAAUAAUUCAGAAUCUGCUUCUGCUUCUUCUGCUGUUUGCUGCUCAAUUGCUGAUACUUUUGCUAUUGUAGAGGACAGACACCAGGUAAUAUCAAUGAAACAUGCAGUCAGAUUAGAUGAUAUGUGGGAAUAUUUUGACGCAACAUUUCACAUUAACAAAAAAAUUUUCAGGAUUCAUUCAGGGCAAUUAAUAUGCUACCUUUGCAAUGAACGGAUAGGGAAAUACGUGCUUCAUGUGAAGAAACACAUUUCUAGUGUUAGGCAUCUUCAUAGGAUAAAAAUUUUAAAAAAAAUUGAACUUAAAAAUAAAUCAUCAAAUAAACAAUUAUUGGAUGUACCAGGCAUUCUGAAGAACAUUAUUCCCACAACUCAGUUUAGUUUGGAAAACAAAGGCUUUUUUUGUAGUGUGUGUGACAGCUUUUGUGAAAAUGAAAUAGUAUUAUGUCAUAUGACAGGUUUCAGCCAUUGGAAGAAAGUAAGACGAAAUGGAAUGAUCAAUGGAGCAUUAACAACCACAACAAUAUAACAAUGUUGAAACAGAA